CAGAUAUCUACCCCAAGCGGUGUUUGGCACAUAAUUAUCAUUAUUUUGCAUACGAAUGUAAUUCUUAAAUGCUUGCUUUGGGGGCCACUAGCAUUCAGCAUCAAACUAGUACUUUCUCUUCGGGUAAGACUUUGAAAUCCAAAAUGGACUUUCAGAAAUGGGAAAUUAAAGACGAGGGAGAAGUACUUCACCAAGAAUAUUUUCCUUUACUUUGAAAAUUCAAUGAAGGGUAGCCGCACUGUUUAAAAAAGUCUACAGGGAAAAUGCAGCAGGAAUAUAUACUGAUGAUUGUUUUCCUUUGAAACUUGCACACCUUGACUCUAUAUAUAUAACCUGUGCUUGAAUGUAAGGAAGCAAAACCAACUAUAAAUCAAAAUGAAGCCAACUACCUUUCAAUCCAUUUGGAAAAAAAAGUAAACACCAUGGAGAAAUAUAAAUUGGGCCCCAAAAAAUCUUUCACACACUUAAGGGUAGAUACUGUUUGGCAAGGCAUCUUACAAAGACAUGGAUGUAUUUGUUGAAAAAAGGGACAAUUUUUAAACAGAAAAAAAUAUUUAAAAAUUUGGCUGCAUUCCAUCUCAGAACCAUAAAAUGACACCUGGGGAAGAGCAGAUUCAUUAUUAGUUGUGACUAUCCGUCAUCACUGGAAGCUUCUUUCUUUCAACACCAUCAGAAGAUUCAGAUAUAUCCCAGUGGGAAAUUUCCCAGUUGAGAGUUUCCGAGAGAUGUUUGAUACAGGCUGAUGUGAACCAAUGACAAAUGCUGUUUGGGGGUUGGCAAACUCCUAAGACACUGAGUUGGGGACCUGGUGGUGAACCUUACUGUCCUUUCAUUAUAGUCUUUUGUUUAUCCUUCUAUUUAAGAACACUGUGUACAGAAGUUGCUACUUCUAAGGAUGGAAGAAAAAAAUGGUGAUGCGAAGGCUUUUUGGAAGGAGCUUGAAGAUGGUGGAAAAGUGGACUUGAUAUUUGAGCAUGUACAAAGUAUACUACAGUCUCUGAAACAAAAGAUCAAGGAUGGAUCUGCCACGUAUCAAGAAUAUACCCAAGCAAUGAUCCUGGUAAAUGAAGCGAAGAGUAACAGUUUGCUGCAGAUAAAGGAUGGAGCACUUGAAAGGGACAAAGAACCCAGAAGUGAAGAAACAGCAUCUCCUGUAUUUAAUGAAGAGUCUGGUCCCCAGAUGCCUUCACCUUUAACCACAGAGGAUAAAGCAAAGUCAGCUGCAGUACCUGGAGUUUGCACUUCUGAAGAGAAAAAAUCCCCUUUAUAUUUGCCUUAUCAGAGUCAUAACUGCCAUAAAUGUCUGACUAAAAGACCGCUGAUCUCCUUCAAAGGGGAAAACCCACUUAAAAUACCCAUCCUAUGUCACUUCCAGAGGCGACAUGCAAAGACUAACUCUCAUUCUGCAAUACUUCACGUGAUUUACAAAACCCCUUGUCGUAGGAGUCUGCGAAACUUUCAGGAAGUCCAGCGUUACCUGCGUGAGAUCGAUUGCAAUUUUCUAAGUAUAGAUCAGUUUUCUUUCAACACCUACGUCCAACUCAAUAGGAGUAUCCUCAACCCAGAUGCAAUCGUUUCCGACUUUGAUGUCAGCAAGGGAGCUGAAUCCGUGCCCAUUUCCUUCUGUAAUGAAAUUGACAGCAGGAGGUUACCUCACUUCAAGUACAGAAAGAGCACGUGGCCACGUGGCUAUUAUCUAAACAACUUCUCUGGUGCAUUUACUGACUCUUGUGAUUGCUCAGAAGGCUGCACUGACAUAUCGAAAUGUGCUUGCCUUCAGCUGACAGCAAGAGGCCGCCCUGAAGGGUCUCCCUUUUCAAAUAAGAUGGAGCCUCCUGGGUAUCGAUAUAAACGACUGCAGAGACCUGUGCCUACUGGGGUGUUCGAAUGCAGUCUGCUAUGCAAAUGCAGCCGCUGGACCUGUCAGAACAGAGUUGUGCAGCAUGGCCUUCAGGUGCGGCUACAGGUGUUCAAUGCGGAGAAGAAAGGCUGGGGGGUCCGCUGCCUAGAUGACAUUGACAAGGGAACAUUUGUCUGCACUUAUUCAGGCAGGUUACUAAGCAGAGCGUGUCUGGAGAAAAGCAGUUGUGCCCAGCAGGAUGAUUCUUUGAAAAGUAACAGCUCCAUGCCACUUUCAAAGCAAAGGAAGAUAGAAGUUGCCUGUUCAGAUUCUGAGGGGAAGUUUGUCAAAACUAGAAAGGAUAUCUCUGGCAACACUGAGAAUCAGGAAUGCCUCCUCCCAACCAAUGGUGACCCAGAAGACCGUGUGAAGGAUCUGAAGUAUGGAUAUAAUCCAAGGAAUCGAAGUCAUCCAGGCAUUAGAAGGCCUCAGUCGAAAACAGCUAUUCUUCAGAGUCACAGAAAAAAACUGGGACUUGCAGUUCUGGAAUUUAGUGUGAGCUCAGAAGAAGAAGAAGAAGGAGGAAGAGUUGGUGGAACUCAUUCUAUCAAAAUUAAACUAAGCCCCAAAACAGAGAAAACAGAACCAAGCUCUGAUUCUGUGGAAGGUUUUAAAGAUGACCUGCUGAGCAAAUCGAAUGUGGUGGAUGCCUCCAGUCUGAAAGAGGAGACUCCAGUGGAGAAUGUAUGCGAACAAGUGACUGAAAUUGUUGAGGACCAAGAGGACCAAGAUGAAAAAAACUUGGAGAGUCCAAAUCCAGGGGCCUUUGGUAGUGAAAAAUUUCCGUCUGAAACCCAGAAGGAUUUUUUGAAGACAUUUAAUAAAGAAGGCACUUAUUUAUUGGAUGCCACAAAAGAAGGAAAUAUAGGGCGUUUCCUUAACCAUAGCUGUUGCCCCAAUCUCUUUGUGCAGAAUGUUUUUGUGGAGACACACGAUAGAAAUUUCCCAUGGGUGGCAUUUUUCACAAACAGACAUGUGAAGGCUGGAACCGAAUUAACUUGGGAUUAUGGUUAUGAAGCCGGAAGCACCCCAGAGAGAGAGGUCCCAUGUCUCUGUGGAUUUCAGAAAUCGAGCACUCACCCCAGAGACGACUGCACUCAACUCAUUCCUGAUCGAUCAGUGCGAAGAACUGUUUUUGAGCACAUGGGCAAGUAUAACAGAAUCAAGUCACACAUUCCCUGGCCUCAAGAAACUUACCAAUCGAAUGGGGGAUACGGAAGAAGAUCAAGGUUUUAGCGGGAAGUAGUACAAGUAUAUCAGGAAAGAUUAGCUGAAUAAAUCAAAUUUAUUGAAAAAACAAAAAGAAAACUGUAAGUACCGAGGCUAGGGAUACAGUCUUACUGAUCCCUUGGGGGCAGGCAGCAAUGUGGGUGGAGACGAGAGGAACAGAGGAUCAGGGUUCAGUUGACAUGACCCUCAUUUAACUUCUCACUGUCCCUUGUAAGAGGGGCUCCACACCUACGCCUCACUCUGCGAGUAAAGACCCUAACCAUUUUGCAAGCUACCUUUUUAUACAAAGACCUGAGUUUCGGUCCUCCCUUUCCUACCCCUAGCUGGGUGCAGCCAACAUGCCCAGUGCCUUCCCCUCAACAGGUCAAGACUGUGAGCUUCUUGUAGGCAGGGAAUGCAUCUACCAACUCUGUUAUACUGUGCCCUUCCAAGUUCUUUGGUACAGUGCUCUGCACCCAAGUGCUCAAUAAAUACUAUUGAUUCCCUGUCUCUGCCCCUCCUCUUACCUUAAUUUCCUCCUUGUUUCUUUAUGCAGUUGUCAAUCACUCCUCCCCCACUAUGGAGUUGGCAUCAUUGAGCCUUCCCUGGCUGUACUUAUGUUGGGUUCAUAUCUGUUAAAUCCAGGGAAGGCUCCUUUGUCUUAAAGUCUCCUUUACCAUCAGGAUGGACUUUUCUAUGGUGUUUUGAGUUAGUUUCCUGUUUUCUGUCCCUAAGUCACCUUUGGAAAUGUUUUUAAUUGCCUAUAGGAAUGAUAAGCCUGGUGUGGGCAAGGCCUGUCUCUCUUUAUUGCCGAACUGUACUUCCCAAGCGCUUAGUACAGUGCUCUGUCCACAGUAAGCGCUCAAUAAAUAUGAUUGAAUAAAUGAAUCUAAAUCCCAUAGGAAUUUACUGGAAUGGGGCAAUCCUCUCAUCAUCAAAUGGGUCAGUGUUGGGUUGAUGUGACUGGUGUGUUAUGAAUUAAUUAGGGAAGGCUUCAAUCAGUUUUUUAUUGACUGUCUACUGGGUGCAGAGUGCUUGGAAAAGUACAGUUAACCCAGUAGGCCGAUCUUUGCCCCGAAAGAGCAUACAGGCUUCCUGGAAGAGGUGGAUGUUAGAAGGACUUUGAAAAUGAGAACUGUGUUUGGAUUUUGGGGGAAAGAAAAUUCCAGUCUGGGAGAACAGGACAAGCGAGAGGUAGGAGGCAGGAGAGUUGAGAGAGACAUCUAGAAGUUGAGUUUGGAAGAGGAGCAAAGAAUAUGAGCUGAAGAGUUGUCAGGGGAGAGAACCUACUUGUAAAGUGGAAAAAGCUUGAGAGAAGCAUGGGGAUUUUUAAAAAAUGUUAGUUUGCUUAAAAGUGAAUCCCAGUUUACUAAAGUGACCAAGAAUUAUGUGAAGCAAUGACAAAACAAUAAGGGAAUUUUGCAUAUCUAUUCUGUUCCUUUAUCCUCAUGAACAUGGAACCAGGAACAGAGGGGGAAGAGAUUGAUUUUUCUGUUAGGAAUAUUUAUGUGUUUUGAGGUGUCAUACUCAGAAGACUUAUUUUUUGUGGCAUGCUGUUGCAGCUAUGUUGUUUUUUGUUUCUUUACCAAAAGUGACCUCCCCUUUUUCCAAACCUAGAAAGCUAUGAAGCCCUUCUGAAAAUUAGAAAGCUGGAUAUUUCUAACCUUUUGGAAUUUUAUUUAUUUUUUUUGGACUGUUUUUAUUGAGAGAUAUGAGACAGUCUCAGUCUAAGGAACCAGAAUUCUUAUGUUUAUCCUCUGCAGAUUAAACAUGCAAAAAGAUUAGAA